AGAGAGACCAUACAUUCGGUGUGUAUUUCGUGGACUAAUAUCCAAGUGAUGACUAAAACACAGAAAUCUAUUUAUAAUUGUUUUCAAACCAAUAAAACUCCGAAAGAGAUCCUACGGAACGUAUCAGGUGAAGUUAAAGCUGGAAAUAUGUUGGCCAUCAUGGGAGCCAGUGGCUCCGGAAAGACAACUCUAUUGAAUGUAUUGACGGCAAGGAAUUUAUCGCAACUGUCCGUCAAUGGAGUGGUACUCAUGAAUGGACAGACAGUCAGCCAACAGACCAUU